AUGCCAUGCGGCAUUGGAUUCGCAUGCAACAGCGCCAUCCGUCAGAGCAGAGGUCGGUUCCUCUGUCGCUUCGAUGCCGACGACGUGAUGUUCGAGGAACGCGUCGAGCGGCAAGUGGCGCUGCUGCGGCACCUGCCACCUGAGGAGCAGGAGAAGACCAUCGUGGGCAGUGGCUUUCUUCGGAUGCCCCAGGACGCCACACCACGCUAUACCCAGUGGUUGAACGAGAUGACGGAGCAUCAGUUGAUGGCCCAACGUUUCCGGGAAGUCACCCUGUUGCAUCCCACCUGGAUGUAUCAUCGCAAGAUCUGGGAACGCGUGGGAGGUUACACUGAAGACACCUCUGUUGGUGAAGACAUUGUCUUCUUCCACAAACACCUGGAGACAGGCGGCUUGCUGCGCAGGGUGCGCGAGCCCUUGCUGCGCUACCGCUGCCACCCGGGACAGCGAAGCUGGCGCCUGCCACGGCGGCAGGUGCAGAAUGCGAAGGUGGCCGCCUUCGAGCGUCAAGUCCUCGACGCUGACGCCAGCGCCGCCAGCGCCUGGUGCGAAGGCUUCGGGGUGCUGGGCGCUGGCCGCGAUGCGCGAGACUUCUGCAAGGUGUUGUCCCCCGAAAAGUUGCGCCUGGUCCGCGCCUUCUACGAGGUCGAUCCAAAGAAGAUUGGCAAAAGCAUCAGCUUCCCUAUGGAAGGGCAAGCGCCACAUGAGGUUCCCAUCGUGGAGCAGUCCCAGCUGCAGCUGCCCUUCGUGGUCUGCGUGGCCUUGGAGCGAGGCUAUGAAGUCCUGGAAGCGAUCCGAAGGGAUCAGCCGGACGCCCAAGAAGGUGUCGACUACUUCCAUUUGGUUUGA